UUCAUUAAGAAAAUAUCAAGCAAGCAAACUGAAUAGCUACAUGGUGUCAUUUUAUGUUUUGUCGAUGGCUUUCAGUGACAGUUCAACUGAAUGAUUUUAAGCUACAGGUCGCUCAGUCAAGGUUGGAAAAUUGAGGAAGUUAAGAAACUGACUCCUGUGGUUUCUCCUAUGGUGGAAAAGCAGCUCGGUAUAAUUCAUAUCUAGGAGCCAAAAUGGCGAUGGAGGCGGUAGUUUUAUGACUUGUCCUUCCUCAUAUGGCUCAAUCCACUUGACAGUGUGACCAUGGCGGAUGGUGGGCAGGCAGAAUCGGAGCAGGACAUCGAAAGGAAAAUACAAGAAGUUAGACAACGGUUCAAGGAGGAGUACGUACAAGAUUCAUCAGACAAGUAUGACUCCAGAGACGUGGAGAAGCUUCAGAAGGAUGUUGCGCUGGUGGAAGGCUACCUGGCAUGGCGGCUUUUUGUGGUGGAGGACGCCUUGAAGAUGAUUGACGAGAGUUUCCAAUGGAGAAGAGAGUUUGGGCUGAACGACCUCACAGAAAGCUCCGUUCCCAAGUGGAUGUUUGAGACCGGAGCGGUUUAUCUCCAUGGCUACGAUAAAGAGGGCAACAAAUUAUUCUGGUUCAAGGUGAAGCUGCACAUCAAGGAUGCAAAGACCAUCCAGGAGAAGAAGAAGUAUGUUGCUUUCUGGCUGGAGCGCUACGCCAAACGGGAGCCAGGCAUGCCCCUCACGGUGGUUUUCGACAUGACUGAGUCUGGCCUCAGCAACAUCGACAUGGACUUCGUGAAGUACAUCAUUAACUGCUUCAAAGUAUAUUAUCCAAAGUUCCUGUCCAAGAUGAUCAUGUACGAGAUGCCAUGGAUCAUGAACGCGGCUUGGAAGAUUGUAAAGACAUGGCUUGGUCCGGAAGCCAUCAGUAAGCUGAAGUUUGUGACCAAGAGUGAUGUCCAGACCUUCAUUGGGCCUGAGUGUCUUCCACCCCACAUGGGAGGAACCGAUGCCUUUAAAUACAGUUACCCUCCACUUACCGAUGAUGACUUCCAAACCCCCAUGUCUGAAAAUGGACCUAUUGCCAGUGAAGAUGAGACUGAGAGCAAGGAUGGUGAAAUGGAAUCCAAAGAAAUCCUGGACUCCAGCUUCAGCUCAGAGCCUCAGGCCCUCCGUCCCAGAAAGGUGAACUUCACAGAGGACGGUUUGAGGCCAGAGGAGGGUGACAGGAUGGACACUGCCAGCAGGACCAAGGCCGCCCGGAAACCGCUGACAACCUUUAAGGGGUCCUUACUGAACAUCAGUCCAGCAGAGGAGCUUUGCUUUGGGUCUAAAGAGACUGAGAAGAAAUGUCUGAUCAUCCUCAACAACGUGACCAAAAACCAAGUGGCCUUCAAGGUCCGUACAACAGCGCCAGAGAAGUACCGGGUCAAGCCCAGUAACACCAGCUGUGAGCCAGGAGCCUUCGUGGACAUCAUAGUAUCCCUGCACGGAGGUUUCCAGUCCUCUCCUCAGGAUCGGUUCCUGGUCAUGGCUGCAGAGAUGGAGAACAACGCUGGGACGAGUUCUCCAGAACUUGCACAGUUCUGGAAGGAUGUCCCAAAAUCAAAAGUGAUGGAGCACAGGCUACGGUGUCACGUUCUGGAGAGCAGUCCCAUCCCUAGCCCUAUGACGGACAGCCCCCUUGCUUCUGGGACCAGCAAACACCAGGACCUGCAGACUAUGCUCCUGCGGGUGAUGGCCAGCACUUCCCGGCUGGAGCAGCGGCUGGACCGGUGCUUGUGGAUCCAGAAGGUUCUGACUCUCCUGGUGUCCUUCCUGAUGGCGUUCAGCUUCUGCACCCUUUACCUCGUGUACACUGGAGGCAGCCCUUCGGGUCCGGGCCCCGCACCUGACUCCGCCCCUGGCCCAGCCCCACCUGCUUCCUAAACAUUAAACAGUUGGAGCCCCAGCGAGCAAGGAUACCCCAGUGCGUGACACGGAGACCAAACGAGGGCAGCCGGUCCCCUCUGGUUUCUGCUUGGAGCAGAGCUUGUGACAAAGCACACCGUCUCAUUGGAGAGUAGCCAAUGAUCAUUCAGCAGGAGGCCGAUGUCCCACAGCGAGAUUGGCUCUCCUUCCUGAUGUGAAGGGUCAAGCGUGAGUUUUCUGACACUCAGGACUUUCCAAGAACUCAAUAACACAUCUUAUUUUAUAGUGGUCAUCAAGAAAUUAAUGAUGCCCUUAUUUAUUGUAAAGGUAAUUAGUGCUUAAUUGUAAUUUAGAGAAUUGUAAUUAUGUACCAUAUUUCUUUUAAGUGUAAACAAUAAAAAUGCACAUUUGGUUUAA